CGGGUGAUAAGGUAGGCUACAGACUAAAAAGUGACAAGACCACUUGUCUAUCGUAAGAAUUGAACAAUGCCGACUGAAAAGGCUUUCGCUGCAGGUUCUGAAGUUCCCAAUCUGGAAACAGGGAAACUCCGUGUAUACAGCAUGAGAUUUUGUCCUUAUGCAGAACGAACACUCUUGGUGUUAGCUCACAAAAAUAUCCCACAUGAAGUCGUCAACAUAAACCUGAAGAGCAAACCAGAAUGGUUCCUCCAGAAGAAUCCUAUCGGCAAAGUGCCCGUCCUGGAACAAGAUGAUAAGAUCGUGUACGAGUCCCUCAUCUGUUGUGACUACCUGGACCAGGUGUAUCCCCAAAACAAACUGACCCCUGAGGAUCCUUACCGCCAGGCUCAGGAUAAAAUGCUCGUUGAACAUUUCAGCCAGUUGACGACGGACUUCUAUAAAACUUUACAAGCACCUGCAGAAGAGAAACCAGCGGGACUGAAAAAACUUCUUGAGCACUUGUCAAGAUUCGAAACUGAAAUAGGGAAGAGGGGGGAUUUCUUUGGAGGUGAGAAAGUGAUGAUGAUAGACCUUAUGAUUUGGCCCUGGUUUGAACGAUUCUUUAUCUUGGAAAAAGUGCUUUCGCAAAUGAUUGUGACUGAAGAAUCUAUGCCAAAAUUAAGUGCAUGGACACAGCGGAUGUUGGGAUGCCCAGCGGUACAGCAGUGCCGCCAUCCCGAGGAAAGACAUUUGGCGUUUUUCCAAAGUUACAAAACUGGGGUUCCAAACUAUGACGUAGGUUUGGAAGAACCUCAAUCAAUGUCAGUCAUGCCAAAUCAAAAGGCCUUUGCCGCAGGUUCCAAAGCUCCCACCUUAGAAAAUGGAGUCCUUCGAGUGUACAGCAUGAGGUUCUGUCCAUUUGCUCAAAGAUCACUCCUGGUGCUGGCUCACAAGAAUAUACCGCACGAAGUCGUUAAUAUAAAUCUGAAGAGCAAACCAGAAUGGUUCCUCCAGAAGAAUCCUCUCGGCAAAGUGCCCGUCCUGGAACAAGAUGAUAAGAUCGUGUACGAGUCCCUCAUCUGUUGUGACUACCUGGAUCAGGUGUAUCCCCAAAACAAACUGACCCCUGAGGACCCUUACCGCCAGGCUCAGGAUAAAAUGCUUGUUGAACAUUUCUCUCAGAUGAUGACAGAUUUCUAUAAAGUCCGCCAAGGUCCCCCUGCAGAAAUGCCCGCUGGCUUGGAAAAGUUUCGUAAACAAAUGUUCAGAUUUGAAACAGAAAUACAAAAAAGGGGAGAUUACUUUGGAGGUGAUAAAGUACAGAUGAUAGACUUAAUGAUUUGGCCCUGGUUUGAGAGAAUGUUGGUCAUGGAGAAAAUGCUUUCCCAAGCCAUCUUGUCGGACGGAUCUUUGCCAAAAUUGAUGGCAUGGACGACUCGGAUGUCGGAAUGUUUAGCCGUCAAACAAUGCCGUAGGCCUGUUGAACAACAUUUAGAAUUUUUCAAAACUUCAAAAAUGGGCGUCCCAAACUAUGACAUAGGUUUGGAAGAGUGAAAUCAGCAGAAUUACAAAAAUUACUUUAUAUAGAUAAAUGCUGACAUUUUGAAGUCCUUCAUUCCUUUCUCAUUUCAAUAUCCUGUACAUAGACAAUCAUGUUAUAUACUGUACUAGUAUGUUUUUUCUCUGUAUUAUAUUGUAAACUAGAGGUACUGUGAGCAAUGAGCUCACUAAAUGAAUAUAUAAUGGCAGUGUCAACGUUUUGCUUUGGGAAACCCAAAAUAUGUGUCGGAUCAAAAACUAAAAAAGGAGGUGCACAAUGGCAAUAUGUAAUAAAGAUUCUGUGAAAGUCUCAUCAAAUUUCAUUUAGUGGUAUGAUAGGAGUUGCAGAUUUAAUGAGAUGGGUACCCUAAAGCGUAACAGACGGACGGACAUCCCGAUUACUAUAUACCCUCCCGC